UUUAUCCGAGUCUGCACCGAUUAUGUCAUGUUUCUAUAAUGUGACAUCUUAGUUUUCUGUUGCUACUUAUCCCUAAUUUAGCUCUGAUCGAACAUAUUUAUGAUCAAAGGUGUUCCAGGCGUGACCAUUUGUCUUAUUGAAUAUCAGAAACCACAUUUUUCAAUUCUUUAUUUACGACUAUAAAUAGUAAUUUUAGAGAAAUUUGGCUGCUAUGUCUAACAGAUUAGCAACCUCUUGAGAUAUUUUUUCUUGGGUUAACAGGUUUUUGGUGAACACCGAUUUACCGUUGAUGUUAUUUCGUCAGUUUCAUUCUUGCAACAUGUUUCCCAGAAUUUCUCAAAUUUCUCGAUUGUUUUUCUCACCCACUCAGAUUUUAAGAACUCCCCAUUCCAUAAGAUAUUUCUGUACCAAAACUUACACAGAUGGUGAGAAAAUCAUAAUUAAUAUUCUCAAACAGAAGUUUCCACUUGCUUCACAGAUUGAAGUUGCUGACAUAUCAGGUGGUUGUGGUGCAAUGUAUGAAAUUUUUGUUGAAAGUGAAGACUUCCAAGGGAAAAAUAUGCUUACACAACACCGUAUGGUAAAUAAGGCUUUGGCAGAUGAAAUAAAAGACAUGCAUGGUUUACGUAUCAGCACACAAGUUCCUGAUAUCUCAGAAUCGUAAUAUACCUAGCAAAAAGCAUUAAAUAUUUAAAAACAAAACAUUUGUUUUAUCGAAAAUUAUAUCCAGUCUGCUAGUAAUGAGAAGAGAAAUGGUGCUAAAAGAAUUAGCACACUGAAAUGGACAAAAGACAAAUACAAAGAAUUGCUGAAGGUUUCUCCAUUGUUUAGAUGUAAAUAGAUAAUGGUGAUGAUUAAUAUGUGCGGCAAAUUUUUUGAUAUGUUGGUGCAGUAUUAAGUCCAUAUGCAACAGAGUCUGCAGUAUUAAGUUCACAUACAACUGAAUCUACACUCCAGGUUUGAUUCCUUGUAGGAAUCUGUUUUUGGCACAAAUUGCCUUGGGAAAAGUAUGAAUGUCACAAAAUUACAAUUUCUUCUGUAUAAAAUUGAUUUGCAAUGUUUAUAAGUGAUAUUUAAUAUUAAAAAAUAUCUAGAAAUUAUUUUAA